AGCCAUCCUUAAUUGGCUUUGGGUAGAUUGGAAUCACAUAAGCAGGGUGACAUUUAUUACCACUCUAGCUGUUUCUUUGCGCUGAGCCUUGAGAUUCCCAAGGAGUAGCUGUUAAAGAUUUCUUUCAUUUCGUCGCUGAUCUACCAGAGGGGAUCGCUGUAGGAAGAGCAGGCAUGAGUCUGAGUGCGAGAAGAGUCACUCUGCCUGCAAUAACUCCCAUAGUUCUACAGAAAAGGGUGAUUAAAGUAUACAGUGAAGAUGAAACCAGCAGGGCUUUAGAGGUACCCAGUGACAUAACUGCCCGGGAUGUUUGCCAGCUGUUGAUCUUGAAGAAUCAUUACAUUGAUGACCACAGCUGGACGCUCUUUGAGCACCUGCCUCAUGUAGGUGUAGAAAGAACAAUAGAAGACCAUGAGCUGGUGAUUGAAGUGCUGUCUAACUGGGGCAUGGAAGAGGAAAAUAAGCUAUACUUUAGAAAAAAUUAUGCCAAAUAUGAAUUCUUUAAAAACCCAUUGUAUUUUUUUCCAGAGCAUAUGGUGUCUUUUGCAACUGAAACCAAUGGUGAAAUUUCCCCCUCACAGAUUCUACAGAUGUUUAUAAGUUCAAGUACAUAUCCUGAAAUUCAUGGCUUCUUACAUGCAAAAGAACAGGGAAAGAAGUCCUGGAAAAAAAUUUACUUCUUUCUAAGAAGAUCUGGUUUAUAUUUUUCUACUAAAGGGACUUCAAAGGAACCACGGCAUUUGCAGUGUUUCAGUGAAUUUGGCAAUAGUGAUGUUUAUGUGUCACUGGCAGGCAAAAAAGCCCACGGAGCACCAACUAGCUAUGGAUUCUGCUUUAAGCCUAACAAAGCGGGAGGGCCCCGAGACCUGAAAAUGCUCUGUGCAGAAGAAGAGCUGAGUAGGACGUGCUGGGUGACCGCCAUUAGAUUGCUUAAGUAUGGCAUGCAGCUGUACCAGAAUUACAUGCAUCCGUACCAGGGAAGAAGUGGCUGCACCUCUCAGAGUGUAUCGCCUAUGAGAAGUAUAUCAGAGAAUUCCCUGGUAGCGAUGGACUUCUCAGGUCAGAAAAGCAGAGUUAUAGAGAAUCCCACUGAAGCCCUUUCGGUUGCUGUUGAAGAAGGACUUGCUUGGAGGAAGAAAGGAUGCUUACGCCUGGGCAUUCACGGUAGCCCCACGGCCUCGGCACAGAGCUCUGCCGCGAGCCUGGCUAUCCAUCGGGCUCAGCCAUGGUUUCACCACAGAAUUUCUAGAGAUGAGGCUCAGAGGCUGAUUAUUCAGCAAGGACUCGUGGAUGGAGUUUUCUUGGUACGGGAUAGUCAGAGUAACCCUAAAACUUUCGUUCUGUCAAUGAGUCAUGGACAAAAAAUAAAGCACUUUCAAAUUAUACCAGUUGAAGAUGACGGUGCGACGUUCCACACUCUGGACGACGGCCACACGCGAUUCACAGACCUGAUCCAGCUGGUGGAGUUCUAUCAGCUCAACAAGGGUGUGCUUCCUUGCAAGUUGAAACAUUACUGUGCUAGGAUUGCUCUUUAGCCAAUCCAGAAGUGACUUGUUACACUACUGAAGAAGGACUCAAGGGGAAAAAUUAGAGAGAGACAGUAUAUAAGGGUGAAAACUGUGAGAAUGUAUUUCACCCACAAGUUGCAAAACAAAAGUUUGUGGAUUGCAAAUAAGCAAAGACUUGAAUUGCAUUAUAUUCAUCAUUUAAAAUUUACUAGUUAAAAUUAAACUGUAGGAAAAAAAUGA